UGCUUCUCCUGCAAACGGCAGCUCUCCACCGGCGAGGAGUUCGGCUUGGUGGAGGAGAAGGUGCUGUGCCGGAUUCACUACGACACCAUGAUAGAGAACCUCAAGCGAGCAGCAGAGAACGGGGAUGGGAUCACUUUGGAGAGCUGCUGUGGAGUUGGAGGGCCAUGCUCCCCCUCUCCAUACGUCCGGCCGAAGCCGGCCAAGAGGGCUCGCGCCUCCUUCACCGCCGAGCAGCUGCAGGUCAUGCAGGCACAGUUUGCUCAGGACAACAAUCCCGACGCACAAACGCUUCAGAAGCUGGCGGACAUGACGGGGCUGAGUCGGAGAGUCAUUCAGGUUUGGUUUCAAAACUGC